AUGGGAAUAACGAGCAAUUGUAUGCUUAAUGUACUUUGGGCCUCAUCUGGCGCCAUCGAAUUUACCUGUUUGUUAGAAAUUUUUGACGUAGUGAACCAUUAUUUGACUAAGAUAUCAAAAUUUGAAACACUUCAUAAUCCUCCAUAG